AUGGGGGUUGAUCACUUGAGUGCCCUGGGCCAGCGUCUGUGGCUGGAAGGGGAAUCGUUGUUGCCUUCUUCUGGUGCUUCCGGGGGCGUCUGCAUCCUUGUUCAUCCCAAGAACCCUUCCCGGUCGGUCUCCGCUCUGCUGGUCAAGGGUCGUGGUGGUACCAAGGACCCCGGUCCGGCGUUGGCACUGCAAGAGCGCAAAUUCUCUUGGGGCCCGCGCGUUGGAAGACCGCUCUUUCUCUCCUUGGAACCCGACGCCCAAGUCCUGCUGGAAGAGGACGAAGCAGUUCACGGACGAGCCGAGUGGGUGAAGAAUAUGUCUGGAAACGUGGAUAUCUGCCCUCACAGGGCGGAUGUCGAGAAUAAUGUACAAUAUGGCGAGAUUGGGGAUGUACAGGGCAACGACGCCGAGGGCGAGGAUCUCGCUGCCUUCACGAUAACGAAAAAGAAGAAGAAGAAGGGCAAAAAUAAGGCCAUGGAAUUUACUUCUGAACCUGAGGCCGACCCUCAACCUGAAGCCGCUCCUGAAUCUGCCCCACCACCCGAGGCCGAGGAAGAUGAGUGGGCGAUGCCGAUGAAGAAGGGGAAGAAGGCCAAAAAGGGCAAGAAGGCCAAAUCCAUAGAGGCAGAGCCGGAACCUGAGCCUGAGCCUGAGCCUGAAGUGGCGGUAGAUCCCGAAGCCCCGUCAGAGCAACCUGCUGAGCCUCCGGUUCCUGUAGCGCCCGAGAAUGACGAAUGGGAUCUUCCCACCAAGAAGGGAAAGAAGGGCAAGAAGGCAAAGAAGGGCAAAUCGGAACCGGAUCAAGAUAUUCAGGCGGCUCCGGAGCCGGAAGCCAUAUCGGAGGCGACUCCCGAACCUGCUGAUGCGCCCGCGCCCGCACCCGAGGAAGAUGACCAGAGGCUAUCGAAGCUGAAGACCCCCGGCAGAGAAAACGGAAGAUCCGGUUCCGGAAGACACCCCGUCGAAACCAUCCCCGAAGAUGUUGAAGAAGCAACGUCUCCUCCCACAGACGAUGCGACGGCGGAAGCUACUGAAGAUAAUAACGAGGCGGCCCCUCCGGCCAGUUCUAUCCCCGAAGAGAUUGUGGAGGCAGAACCUGAAGCCGUGGACCCUAUCAAGGCCGAUGUGACGGAACCUGCAGCUGAACCCGCCGAUGAGCCCGUUGAGGUGGCACAGAGCGAUGAUGCUCCGGUGAACGCGCCUUCUGAAGAUACCACUAUAGAAGAGGCCGCUGAUCCGAUUUCUGAGGUGGCUGUAUCGGAAGGGGUCGCCGCUGAGUCUAAAGAUGAGCCGCAGCCUGCCACCGAUGCUCCUGCGCAUGAAGAAGCUAAGGGUGAGGAAGAGACUAGCCCGGGUCUUGGAUCGGAAGACGCUACCGAGGCACCGCCCGUAGAAGAGUCUGAUGAGCCGCUCCGGAGGCUCCUAUUGAGGUUCCCACCCAGGACUCCCCCAGAGCCUGAAGAGGCUGUGGUGGAAGCCCCUGCUGAGACUGCUGUCGAGGAGGAGCCUGCUGCGUCAGCGGCCGAGCCCUCUGCGGAACAAGCUGAGGCCGUGGACGAGGCCCCGACUGCGGCUCUUGAGGCUGCCACAGAAGAUGGAGAGGGAGUGGUUGACAGUUGGGAAACUGCGGUGUCGGAGCCUGAAGAAGCCCCAGUCAAUGAAGACAAGGAGGAAGAUACCGCCGUUGCCGCCGCCGACUCCGCCGACCCUACCCCCGAGGUUGAUGAGGAGGUUUCCCGGGCGGAGGAGCCUGCUGAUGAGCCUACGGUUGCUGAUAGCGCUGGCUCAGCUGAGCUCGUCGAGACCGAAGCUGAAACUCCUGCUCCUGCUGCGGAGGCAGAAGUCGAGGUCUCUGAGUCCGUCGAAGCACCGCCUACUGAAGAGGCGGCCCCCAAAGCUGUCCCUACCGAAGAUGCUACACCCGUUGAAGCUGCUGCCGGCACCGAAGACACCCCAACCCCAUCUGAGGAGGAGCCCGCCGUUACCGAGGAUGUCCCCGCCGAAGAAGGGGCCAGCCCUAGGGAGGAGGCUUCCCCUGCCGCCCCUACGGACUCUCUAGAGGACACUGCUACGGCCGCCAAGGCAGAGGACUCUACCCCCGAGGAGGGUGAGGUAGUCAAAGCACCUGAGUCUUCCGAAGAACCUGUCGCACCCGUCGAAGAACCUGCCGCACCCGCCGAAGAACCUGCCGCAGCCGCUGAAGAGCCUGCCGCACCCGCUGAAGAACCUGCCGCACCCGCUGAAGAGCCUGCUGCACCCGCUGAAGAGGCCCUGGUAGUUGCCGAGGAGCCCACGGAACCCGCCAAGGAAGCUGCAACCCCAACUGAAGAGCCUGCUGCCCCCACCGUAGAGCCUUCUGGAGAGCCCAAAUCCCCGGUCGCAGACGCUGCUGCUGAAGCUCCCGUCGAAGCUGACGAAAAGCCUGAACCCGCUGAAGAGACGUCUGAAGCUGUCGCCGUAGCUGAUGCUGAGGCCAGCGAGCAGGUGCCCGCUCCCGAGGAAGCCGCAGAAACCUCGUUGCCGGUGGAUCAGCCUUCCGCUGAAGCGACGGAGGAACCAGCUGCGCCAGAGGAAGUCUCCACUCCCGAUGAGAACCCUGCCGUUGACGAAGCCCCUGUCGUCGAAAAAGUUCCUGUCAUCGAAGAAGCCGCUGCUGUCGAGGAAGUUCCUGCUGCUGAGGAAGGCCCUGUUGCUGAGGAGGCACCUCCUGUCGAAAAAGCUCCUGCCGUCGAAGAAGCUCCUACCGUCGAAGAAGCUCCUGUUGUCGAAGAAGCUCCUGUUGUCGAAGAAGCUCCUGUUGUCGAAGAAGCUCCUGUUGUAGAGGAAGCCCCUGCCGUUGAGGAAGCCCCUGCCGCUGAGGAAGCUCCUGCUGUCGAAGCAACUCCUGUUGUCGAGGAGGCCCCUGCCGCUGAGGAAGCCCCUGCCCCCGCCGAACCAACAGCAGCCCCUGAGGAGCCCGUGGAAGCUCCUGUGCCCGAGACUGCCAAGGAGACGGUGGCUAGCCCGGAACCUGAGGAAGAAAAGGCAGUAGAGGAGCCUUCCGCAGCCCCACAGCCCGAAGAGGCCCCUACAGCCGCUGCUGAGCAAGAGCCCGCGGGCAAUGACGAACAAGAGACUGCCCAGGCGGCUGUCGAUGAGGCAACUGAGGACACCCCGGCCGCGGAACCUGACCAUGCCGAUGAAACUGCUGCCGGCCCUGAUGGGGCCGCGGAGCCUGCAGAAGAACAAUCAACCCCGGCUGAAGGCGCCGAGCCUGCUUUAGACGAAGACAAACCUGCUGGGGAUGCCGCUCCCGCCGAGGAGCCUGUAAAGGAGCCUGAAUCAACUGUUGAAGAGAAGAGUGCUGAGGAGGAUAAGCCUAUCGAAGAGGAAAAGGCAGCAGAGGAAGCCCCCGCUGAUGCUGCUGUCGAUACUGAGGAUGCCCCAACAGACGCCGACAAGGCCCUUGUAGACGAGCCAGUGCCAGCCACCGAGGAGACAAAGGAAGAGGCGGAGACCCCCGAACAAGAAGUCCCAGCAACUGAAACAGAGGCGGACAAUCAAGAGCCCCCUGCCGGCGAUGAGCAGCCACCCGAGGCUGCUCCCGAUGCUGCAGAAGAACAAGCGAGAGCAGCAGAAGAAGAAGAAGAGAGUAAAGACACCCUCGGACCGAUUCCGGGUGAAGACAAACAGGCAGAUGCGAAGACAGGUGAGAACCUCAACCCUUCCCCCGACACCCCUGAUUAUGCGCAAGACUUGGGAGAAUCCAUUUCGCAAUCAGACACUGGCGUGGUAGAGGAUGGUGGUGCUUCGUUGUCAGUGCUUUCAAAUGAUGUUGUGGGCGACCGUGAGGUACCAACAGAACUCACGGGGCCAACGAUAAGCCAACUUUCAGAAGAGGGUGCUGUGUCUCUCCAGGAAAAUGGAGAGCAUGACCUUCACCCUGAUAAUCAAAUUGCAGAGGUGACUCAAGUAGAGCCGUCUCUUGACUUCACCACAGACUCUAACGAUGGCGCCGUGCUUGCCGCGACGGCUCUCGAAAACGAAAUCGCUACUUCUAGCGUCGAAACUGUCGACGCCGACGCUCAAGCUGCCGAAGUAGAGACGAGCAGCGAGGAUGCUGUGGCUGUUGAAGCUCCGACUCAUGAUCUUGCCGGUCAGACUGAAGAAUCGCCUGAAUCCGAGGUCCCACAAGCGGCCACCGAGCAAGGCAUAUCCAAUACCUUGACGGCUGAUGCAGUUACGGCUGCUGAGGAGGAGGUUGCUGGAGUCUCCGAGGAAGGCGUAGAAGAACAACACGCGGAGCAGGGAGAUCAGGGAGAGCAGGAAACCGUUUCCGAGUCCCAAGUAUCGUCGUCGGAGGCACCAGCCAUACAGGAGCCCUCGGCCGAAGACACCGUCGAAUCAGUCUCGGAUGACAAGGAGAAACAUGACGAUGAUACAACGGAGCCAGCGGCGGAUACUACCCCUUCUCCCGGGGAACUGACCGUUGAGGUUGUUGAAGACCAGGCCAGCCCUACACAAGCCGAGGCUCUAGACGAGGACCCUGAUCAAGAAACGGUAGACCAUGAUGCUGCUGGUGAACCCGCCAUCCCCGUCCCAACCGAAAAGUCUGACCCCGCACCUAUUGAAGUGUCUGAUGUGGUUGCGGAACAACUUGACGACAAAGAGCAGAGCAGCGCGGCGGAUAUUGCAGCUGAGCCCGAAGUUCUGGGUGAAGAGGCGACUGCUCAAACUACGGCUCUGGCACUCGAAAGCUCUUCAGACGACGCCGCUCGGGACACGGUAGUGCCUCUUAGCCAAGAAGAUUCCGAGGAUGCAGGAGGGGAAGACCUAGGAGGAGCUGAUGGCGCUGUGGAGGCAACCCAGCCUGAAUCUGCUCCCCAAGACUUAAGUUCGGAGGCAGAACCUACUCUCACUGAUAUCCCCACUCCCGAGGACAUCAAGGAACCCGUGACUGUCCAGCUGCUUGAGACAGACGACGCAGCCGUGUUGCCUGAAGAUCAAGAUGCUCCUCCGGCGGUUGAGCAGUCUGAACCGGUCAUAGACGAGGAAAGUCCCACCGAGGUGGAUGCGGAUAGCCCCGCCGAGACGACUCUCGAGGUGGAAGAUACGCUCAUUCAAGCUGAUCCUGUUGCCACUCUUGAAGAAGAAGCUGCUCCUGCAGAUGCCGAUCCCUCGGGAGACAACAGUCCGCCUGCAGGUGAGCUCCAAGCUGGGGAACCCUCUGCUCUCGCCGAGCUAGAGCCACCCUCUACCGUCCCUGAAAACCUGGAGCCAGAGUCCGAAUCUCUGGUCCUCGAUGAUGGUAUCGUAGCCGGGAAGGCUGAAGAUUCUGUGCCUUCAGAUUCGCCUGAGGUGAUUGAGCAUGAGGAUGCUGCUGCUGAAGACAUUGAGCCUACCAACGCUGUCGCUGAGGCCGUUUUGCUAGCGGAACCCUCUGAACCUAGCCUGGACGCUGAGCCACUAGUAGUACCUGUCGAAACCAGCUCGGAUGUUGAGGUCGUGCAAGAAAGCCACUCGACUGAAGGCGAUAGUUUGACGACCGAAGCAUUUGUUGCCGAGAAAGCGAUCGUAGAACCGUCGACUGAGACCUCCGCACCCGCCGAGCAAGACACAGCUGCACAAUCUAGCGAGGAUACAGAAACUCCUCCCGUCACGGCACAGGACAUAUUGCCCGCGCCAGUUCCCGAAGAUGUUUCUGACGCUAUCCCUAUCGAAUCAUCUGCCGACCGCUCUCUGGAUUCGACACCCGAGGAUCCCAACGAGGAUGAGGUUGUUGAUGCUCCUCCAGAGGCCACAAUAGUUGAGAGUUCUGUAUCUAGCAUUGUCGUUGAUGAGACAAGCCACGAUGGCCAAGCCCACCCAGAGUCAGACAUUACCGAGAACCCACUCGUCACUGAAAGCGCCCCUGAGGAGCCUGAGAGCGAUAGUCCUUCUGACCCUGUUUCCACCGUUGGGCCUCUCGACGGCCCUAAUGCCACAGAAGAUUCUCAUCUUGAACAGAACGGGGAAUCAGCCGAUGCAGAAGUUGUUUCUGAAGAUAUUCCUGCGGCAUCUGAAAAUCCUGAAUCGCCUGAGCCUGCAGCCGAUGUAGUAGUUACCGAGGAAUCAUCUACAUCUAUAGCCGAAGGAGAAACGCUUGGUGAACCUGAGCAAGGCGAAAGCUCGGCUCGCGUUGAAGGGACGCCUGAUUCAGAAACCGUCUCUGGAGAGCCUGCACCCACGGAGCCUACAACUGCGGCUGAAGACACCGAAGUCGCCCUGCCAGAGACCGCAAUCGUUGAAACCCCGAAGACGACCGAUGACACAACUGUUUUAGCCGGCGUUCAAGUGAUUGGGGAUGAAGAAUCGUCUCCAGUUGAGACUGCCGUCGAGGAGCCCGCUUCCCAGGACUCUGCGUUGGAGGAGACGUCCAACCUGCCAAGUGCCAAUAUCACCGAGGUCGCCGAAAUUCCUCUAGAGGAGCCAAUUGCCCCCAUAGAUGGCGAGGAACCCGAAGCGGUAGAAGUUUCCUCUGAUACACCCAGCGAUGACGCACCCGUUGCAGAUGCAGCUACAUAUCUCGUCAUGGAAGAGACCUCAAAUGCAUCUCAAGCACCUGUCGAGGAAUCGGAAUUAGAACCUUCAGCUGAAAACCAGGACGAAGACCCAUCUCAUCACGCUGCCGACGAGGCCGGUUCCGAGGCUGUGGAGACCCUAGAGGAGAUUACCGCUCCUCGCGACAUUCCUGAAGAUGAAAGUGAAGUUGAACAAGCUGAAAAUCGCUGGUACUGGGGAGCCGCUCUCCCCGAGGUUGUGGUUGCCCAGAUUACUGACGAUGAUGCGGCACUGGAGACUUCUCUAAGCGACCCUGCUGUUGAGGAUACUCCUGUUGCGCUGGAUCCAACUGAUCACGCCGAGGCUGUUGGAGAUGGGGUGCUGGUCGAACAAGAGACUACCCCAGCAGAGGCGAACACUGGAGAGCCUGUGGAAAAGGAAGUGUCAGGGGAGUUGGAUGUCACCGAUCGCGAUGACAUCGAAGUACCCCAGGAUGCUGCCGACCCCGCAGAGCCCGAGGCAUCGCAGCCUCCUCCCUUUGUCGCCAAUUCAGACAGCGAAGCUGAGCCCGUUGAGAACGCUGCUCAGCCAGUCGCCUCCGAAGCGGCUGUCGUUGAUCUGGUCCAAGAAGUUGCUGAAGCUCCCAUCAUCGAAGACUCCACUCCAGAACUCGAAGAGCCCCUUCCACAGCCUACUGUUAUCGAAUCUGCAAGUGAGGAUCUAGUGGAGCCUGCGGCCGCGGUGGAAUCCACGACGGACUUAGCCCUCGCCGUCGAAGACCAGACCAUUGCUGAGUCUGCUAUAAGCACCGAUCCUUUGGAAAUUGUCGAAGAAGUUGAAGCAACCCCAGCUUCAGCGGAGUCUUCCAUUGGUGAGAGUGCUAGCGCGGUAAUCGCGGAGGUCGAGUCAGAGCAGGCGGUCGGAAUCUCUGAUGUCCCUGAACACGAUCCUGCUUCUGUAGAAGCCGCAGAAGGGGUACCUGAGCUUGAGGAGCCCUUGCCUCCAACUUUAGUUGAUGAAGCUCAGGGAGCGGAGGUAUCUGCCGUUGAGUUUGAACAACCACCCGUCGGGGACCAGAUUGCGCUUCCAGACUCUCUCGACAGAAGCCCGGUGGAUCCUAUUGCCGAAGAACUCGUGCAGGACCGGUCUGGUGAUAUCACCGAAGCUACAGCAACUGAGCCUCCGGCAACGCCCACAUCCGCCGAGGAACCGACGCUGGAAACUGAGAAGCCUACUGAGGUAGUUGAACUCGACGCCGAUACCUCUGAAUCCGUGCUCGCGACCACUCAGGACGAAGAACACGCUUCUCAGGACACCACCCUCCCCAAAGAGGAGACAGUAGAUACUCCGGAUGUGGAGACCCAGCUUGAAGAAUCUUCCCUUCCUGAGCCACCGGCUGAGUCGGAUCUUGACCAGGAGCCCCAGGUGGAGUCUGAAAGCACACCUGCCGAUACGCCCGCGCUAGGCGACGGCAACCCCGUCCAAGAGACUGCUUCAGGCGAGGAACCUGCCCUGGCUGAAGACGAUGAUGCUGAGGUUGUUGAAGAACAACUAGCUACUAGCCAGACCCUCCCGCAAAAUAGCGAGCCCGAAGUUGUUUCCCCAGAAACCCUGGAUACCGUGGGCUUGCUUCCUGACGUGACGGAGGACACAGCACCGCAGCCCUCUGCCGGAGAAGCCGAGUACGUCACUGUGAAGGAAGACCUAGACGACCUCGAAGUGUCGACGGUCACCGCCGCUGCUGUGGAGGUUGAGCCAAGAGAUAUUGAGCCUCCCUCUGAAGUCGUCACCGAAGAGAGCAACAAUGUAGAGGUUCUCGCUGAAGAGCAGGCAGUUCCGAGCAGCGAAGAAGUCGCCUCCGAGCCGGUAGCCUCGUCCUUACCCAUCGAGGAGAUUCCGGUAGAGCACGCAGAAACGGUCGACGAAGUGACUCCUGAUCAGUCUGUAGCAGCGCUGCCUCUCGAAGCUGAUGUCGAGGCACCUUCCGAAAGAAGCCAAGAGGUAUCCUUUGAUACGCCAACUCUCGAGGAUCAGCCUGUCGCGGCUACGGAAGGAUCUUUGCCAACCUCAGAGGAUGAACCCGUUCUGCCAGUUCCAGAAGUCUCCGAUGAAACGAUAGAGAUGCCCCUACAGGAACGUCAGGUAACGGACACUCUUGAGGCGCCCGAACCAGACGCCGAGCACGCUGAGGCGGGUGAGCUUACCGCACAAGCCGAGGACGUUAGUGAGUCAGCUACUGAGCUGGACAUCGCCGGAGAUGACAAAGAACGGUCCAUCUCGCCUACCGUUGAGGUUGUCGAAAUUUCCGAGCUUGAGACUCCCUUGGAAGACCAAACAUUCGUCCUAGAGGAAACUGCCGAGGGCCAAGUCGAAGAAUCGGGUGCUGAGACGGCACCCGAUGCCCAGCCUGAGGAUAUCAACCUUGAAACUAGUCAGUUCGAAGACACUGAGGCUAGUAUACCAGCAGCCGCGGAGGCGCCUGUUGAAUCAGAACCGGCCGCCUUGGCAAAUUCGCCAACCGAAAAUGCCUCUGAAGAGGUGGUGGCAGCACCAAUUCACGAUAACUUGCCUGUCAACACCGAUACUGAAAGCCCUGAGGACCCGACCGCUGUUGCCCAAGAGUCUCCGGAGCCCACUGAAGCUCUAGAGUCCGCGCCUGUUGAUGAGGAGCUUGCAACACUACAAGACAGGUCCCUAGACAGUCACGUACCAGCUAAGGGACCAGCAACGCCCGAUGAAGUUCAUGAAGUUGCCGAGGCCGCUGAAGUGACGGCUGACGAUGUUUCUGCUCCAUCGGCCGAGAAUCAAGAAACCGAGGUGUCUGCGAGCGAGCCAAUCAGCGUCGACGUUCCCGCUACUGAGGAGACUACGUCCGCCGUCGAGGCUGAGGAGGCAGAAGUCUUGGAGCCCCAAGUGAACGCGGUCACUAUCGAGGCGGGAUCCGAUGAUGGUAAAGAAAGCGCAGGCGCCGAGAUGGGCGAUGAGCCAGAACCUGCGAACCAAGACGAUACCCACGAGGAGACUGCUGGAAAGCCCUUAGGAGAUUCAGAAGCAGUUGCUGAAUCUCACACCCAAGAUGAUUUUCCUGAGCAGUCCUCUGCUCCUGAAACCCUAGUUGAGGCGGAACCCGAGGAGGCUGCUGAUGCCGCUGAAGAAUUAGGGGCACAGGACAACAGCCCCGCCCUAGAGACUGAUGUCCUGGAGUCUGCCGGCAACGAGCAGCCUUUGGCCGAAGAGAGUCAGCUGGACGAGGCGCUUCCAGAGAUCAUCGCCUUCGAUGAGGCCAAGGUAGUAUCGGAAGAAUCUCCUGUCGCCGAAGCAGACGACAAUUCAAUUUCUCAACCUCAGGAGCAACAGGGUCCUGAUGAUAUCGUUAUUGUCACCAAGGCUUCCACCGCUGCUGCCGCGAGCGAAGACGAAGAGUUUGUUAUCAUAGAUUCGUCUGAGGACAUCGUUCCCACAGAUGGGUUGAAUGAUUCUGCUGUAUUCGCGGAUAUUGGCGAUUCUGCCGCCGACCUCAACGACGUUGCCAAAACGGCAGAAGCGAUCGAUGGUUCGGACCCCACAGAAACCGCCGCUACUGAUGAACAACAACUCAAACCCUCCGAGGAGAUCUCUGAGACAGCAGGCGACGUUGACCCAUCCAGCCGCGAAUCAUUUGCACCUAUCGAGGAUUCCGCCGAGGAAAGUUUGCCCCUUGAUCCUGAAGCCGAAGUCAUCGAGACAGUUGAGCCCACUGAGCCGGCCAUUGAGAAUAUCACACUACCUCGAGAAGCCAUUUCGGAAGAAGUUGAAGCCGCAGCGGUCGAUGAGCCCGCUCUCGCCACCAUGGUUGAAGAGAUUGAGCCUGCCACCCCUAGGGAAGCUGAGCUCGCGCUAGCUAACGAACCAGAGCCCGUUGCUGUUGAAGAGGUUGAGGCUGUGGCUGCUAUCGAGACGGACCUUAUCAAUCCUGAAGAAGCCCAGAUAGCUACUGCCGAGGAUGCGCCCAAGCCCGCCUCCGAGGAGGUUGAGCCUGUUCCUCUUGACGAGGCGGAGGCUUCUGCUUCCCAGGACCCUGCCUUUGUUCCUGCUAAAGAGACUGAGCCUACUGCGCGCGAUGAGGUUGAGCCUACAGCUACUCGCGAUCUUGAGGGCGCCACCGUCGAGGCCGAACAUGUUAUCCCCGACUCUACCGAGGCCGUUUUGGAGGAAGAAGUCGAGCCGACACUUGUCCAAGAGGUUGAGCCUAUCGAUACACAAGUAGAACUCUCCACUGUUGAUGAAGUUGGGGCUUCCGGUAAUGAAGUGGAACCUGCUGGUACUGAGGAGAUCGACUUUGUUGUUACCGAGGGAGCCGAGCCUAUAACUGCAACCGAACCUGAGCUUGUUGCUGAGGAUGUCGCAUCUGCCACCCUCGAGGAAGUUGAGCCUGACAACGAAAAGGUUGAGCCUCUCACCGAGGAAGUUGAGCCUCCUACCGCCGAAGUUGAGCCUCCCAUCGAGGAAGCUGAGCCCACUGCCGCAGAGAUCGAGCGUCUCACUGUCGACGAUGUUGUUCCAGUCGCUCUUGAGGUUCAAUCGACUCCUGCUGAUCAACCUGAGCCCGUAAGCUCUCAAGAAGUUGAGCCUCACACCAUUAGCGAGGCUGAAUCAACCGUUGCUGAGGAACCUGAGCCCGCUAUUGCCACGGAAAUCGAGUCUGACGCUGUUGACGCUGUUGAGGUGGCUGAACUUGCUCCUUCUCGCAAUCUCGAACCUGAGGCUGGGGAACAUGUCAGCACUGUGACUACUGAAGACGUCGAGGAUGCCGUCGCUCGGGAUACCGAAUCUGUGACUGGUGUAGACAUCACGGAGGAAGAGCCGGUGCCUGCCCAAGAGGCAGAUAGCCCGAACGUCCAGAGUCAUGAGUCUACUCCAGCUAUCCAUGCUGUUGUGAGCGAGGAGGCCGCUGCUGAUGAACCAACCUUGGCUGUUCUAGAGUCCGAACCUGAGCACGAAACCUCGACGCCUGUCGAGCAAUCCGAGGCCGACAAGCUAUCAUCGUCUGUGGAUGAAUUAGAUGAACACCCUAUCAUUGUCGAUCGGGCUGUUCUUGAGGAUCAAUUUGAUGAUUCACUGCCAGACAAUCUUGAGGAGUUUCCUAUUCUUGCGAGAGAACAGACUAGCCUGUCGGACGACCUCUCCGCAUUCCGCGAAGAACCCUCUGAAGUCGAACACGCCAACGAGCUAGAUGAGCAGACCGCUGAAGAGCCCUCCCCACGAAACCAGGAAGCGCCUCUUUCUCGGGGAUUGGCAGCCAUAGAUGGCAUUGCCCCCGAAUCCCCGCGCUUUGAGAAGACGGUUGACGAUGUCUCCGGCCAAACAUACGCUUUAGAGAGGGAUGCCGCCGCGGAAGAUCCAGCUCCCGAUGCCUCGUUCAGCACCCAAGUUCCCGUCAUUGAAAACUUGGAGAAUCUUGCAUCUCAAGAACCACCUCAAGAUUCAACCAUAGUCACCUCAGAGCCCGUCGAAGCCACUCAACCAGACGAAAGAGUUAUUGCCGCGCCUUAUUCAGAUCCUGCCGCGUCUUCCCAGUCGGAGAUCCAUACAAGAGCUCUGUCGACUGAUUUGGCAGGCCCCGCUGUCGAGGCUGCAGCCACGGAGCCAGCGCCGCCCGCAGAGCCCCAGGAGUCCUCGACUGGGCUUUCUGAAGAAGAGCCUAAAGAAAAGAAGGGCUGGAUUCUUGGUGCAGUGGCAGCUGGGGCAGCCGCCGCAGGUGGACUCGUGGCGGCUAGUCGCCUUUCCUCUCGGGAUAAGGGCAAGGCUAGAGAUGAGGCCAGUGAAAAGUCUCCGGAUGUCACCGAGUCGUUCCCCAUCCUAGAGAAGGGCAACGAGAGACCGUUCAAGGUUGACAUUGACAGGAGCAAGGGAAUAAGCCUCAAGGAUAGCAAGAGCCCGUUAGCUUCUCUUCUCACUGGUGUCGAGCGGGCGCCCACUCCUCCGGUGGUCGUUCCGUCGCUCUCCGAUGCCCCUCCUCUGACAGCAAUGUCCCGUGCUAAGAGCCUCCGUCGGGCUCGAAAGCUGUCCGUUGCACGUGCUGAGGAGGACAUCGCCGCGGCUGUGGUUAUUUAUGCCACAGUCGAGGCUCUUAGCCCGUCCGGAAGCCCCACUCGUGAGAAGGCGCCGCCUCUGUUCAUGAGUGACGAUCUGGACGAGAAAAAGAAGGGGGAGACUCUACCGUCGCCCGCCUCCCAGAGGCAUCGACCCAGGUCCGAUAGCAAUCGAUCGGCAAGGACCCCUCCCGAAUCGACUACCAGGACGCCCCCGCGCACCCCCAAGAGCGGCGCGGACGCUUCGGAGCGGUCCAGGAGACGCCAUCGGACACCCGAAGAGCAAGCUGCCCACGAAAAGCGCCGAGAGGAGCGUCGCCAGCGCGAGAAGGAGCGAGAGAGAGUCCAAGAAAGCCCCAGAACGCCAAGAGAAUCCAAGGGCAAAGAUCUGGAUAGCAGUGAGAGAGACCGCAGUACCCGCAGGUCUCGCCCUGGUACUUCUCGCAGCCAGACUGAGCGCCCUGCCCUUCCUGACGAGUCACCCAAGAAGUUCCUUGACAUGAAGGACCGCGGGGUUCUCGCCGGCCCCAAGGAUGUUGCCUCCGUUCCAGAGCCUCCACCUUCCUCUUCUCGCGAGGUGCCAAAGCGAUCCAACACCAGCCGCUCCAAGCUCGGUCGGAGCAGCAGACGCUCCGAAGACGUGUCCCGCACUAAGCUGACCAAGACCAAGGAUGACGACAGCAAGAGUCGUGGUAAAUCCGAGGACAAGCUUCGAAGGUCGGACGACAAAUUAUCCAGGUCGAAGACGGAUGUGGGCGAGACGUCCCGGUCCGAGGAAGCGAGAAGAAAGGCCCGGCAGGAGGAAAGGAUGAAGGCCAAGGAGAAGGAAGAUGACAAGAAGAGCGGGUUCAGGGCCGCUUUCAAGCGAUUCUUUACUACAACUACUUGA